AUGUACAAACUCUUCGUAUUUGCUGCUAUCUUCGCUCUUGCCUGUGCUAAUCCUACACCAGACGCAAAACCUGAAGCAAAGCCUGAAGCUAAGCCCACACUUAUUGCUGCAGCCUACAGUGCCCCUCUUGUAGCUGCUCCUGUAGCUUAUACUGCUGCCUACAGUGCUCCUUUGACCUACGCUGCUUCUCCUUACGCCUACAGUGCUUACCCAGCCUAUGCAGCUUAUUCUUCUCAAUAUGUAGCUGUUUUAUAA